AUAUAAUGCGAUGUAUGCCGUUUCCUUCACCCAGGGAAAGUGAGUAGUCGCGCAGCUAUUCAGAAACAAGUUGUUUUGUUUACGUGCUGUUGGUGUAUUAUUCAAACCUAUAUAAGUUAGGCUAGCUCAAUAGCUAGGAACUGUUUUGGCUAGUGGACCUGAACUUUCACAUGGUCGAAUUUCGAACUUGGAUCAAGAAGAGAAUAGUUGCUGACAACAGUGGAGUAACGUUGGGCUACGUCCGAGGCCGAGAUGAUCGAGGUGGUGGCCUCCAUGGCUCGGGGCCCGGUGUUCCUCGCCGGGGAGUUGCUGGAGUGUCUCAUCACUUUCACGAACCCGAUGUCUCACCUUUCUACCUCUGCCAGCAGUGAGAUGUUGGCUUGGGCUAGUGCCCAGAUUCACUGUCAGUUCCACGCCAGCGAGAGCCGUGUGGCCCUACCAGCCCAGGGGACCAAGCUGGACGUGCAAGCGGGAAGCGACACCGUACUAAUCCCCAGCAGAGGUGAGCGUGGACAGUGUAUGCUGGACACCCCCCCGAAGAUCCUGUUCUGUGACCUGCGGCUUGACCCCGGAGAGAGCAAAUCCUACUCGUACAGUGAGCUCGUGCCCACAGACGGACCCCCGAGCUUUCGUGGACAGGCAGUGAAGUAUGUCUAUAAGCUGACUAUUGGCUGUCAGCGUGUCAACUCCCCAAUCAAGCUGCUGCGUGUGCCUUUCAGGGUCCUGGUUCUGCACGGCAUGCCUGAGCCCCCGUUCCCCCAGCACGAGGAGGUGGCCCCCUCAAACCCCUUCCUGGAGGAGGAGGAGGGGGGCAGGAGAGACGCUCGGCCCCUGGAGAGAGCGCUGGACAUGCUGAUGAUCAGCACUUCACGGCGCUGUGCCCAUCUGUUCAACAUCACAAAUAUGCGUGGGAAGGUGGCCAAGUUCUGCAUCUUUAAGACUGUGUACAGACUCGGGGAAGACAUCAUUGGCACGUUCACCUUCUCUGAGGGAGAAAUACCCUGCCUGCAGUACUCGGUCAGCCUGCAGAGUGAGGAGGAGGUGCAGACGCAGUAUCAGCGGCGGCCGGGUCAGUCCCCCAGCCUCACGGGACACGGGCGGCACCUGGAGUCCUGCCUGCACACCUCGUCCUGCCACUUCUCCCUCCCUGUGCCGCUGAACGUCACGCCGGGGUUCAGCACCGACAUCGUGUCUCUGAGGUGGCGCUUGCACUUUGAGUUUGUCACGGCCCGGGAGCCUGUGGCGCCGCCCACCGUGCUGCAGAACCAAUCGGAGGUCACCGUGUGGACGGGGGCGGAUCACGUGGACGUGGACACCUUCAGCUGGGAUCUGCCCAUUAAAGUGCUCCCCACCAACCCCGCCCUGGCCUCUUACGUCUCCCAGUUCUCCGGGACCAACAGCAUCAACAUUUAAGGGCAGAGUGGACCGUGGUGGAGGAGUGUGAUCUGUGUGUGAUCUGUGUGUGAUCUGUGUGUGAUCUGUGUGUGAUCUG